GCUAUAAGCGCUUCCGGCUCGAAGGCUUUGUGAGCGCGGCGUGUUUAGACUGCGGCGCUGUGCGGCUUCAUUCGCUAUCACACUGUUGCAUGCGUCCUUUUCGGCUCAACAGGCCUCUGCGUACAGUGUCUGAUGGAGUGGCAGCCAGAUGAACAAGGACUCCAGCAGGUCCUUCAGCUCCUGAAAGACUCUCAGUCUCCUAACACAGCAACACAGAGAGCUGUGCAGCAAAAACUAGAACAGCUGAACCAGUUUCCAGACUUUAACAACUAUCUCAUCUUUGUCUUGACACGACUGAAAUCUGAGGAUGAGCCGACACGUUCGCUGAGCGGUCUGAUUCUAAAGAACAACGUAAAAGCUCACUAUCAGAAUUUCCCUCCAGCAGUGGCAGAUUUCAUCAAGCAGGAAUGUCUGAGCAACAUCGGGGACCCCUCUCCCCUCAUUCGUGCCACAAUUGGUAUCCUGAUCACAACCAUUGCCUCUAAAGGGGAGCUGCAGACAUGGCCUGAGCUGCUGCCUCAGCUCUGCAACCUACUCAACUCUGAGGAUUACAACACCUGCGAGGGGUCAUUUGGUGCCCUGCAGAAGAUAUGUGAGGACUCAUCUGAGCUGCUGGAUAGUGAUGCCUUGAACAGACCUCUGAACAUCAUGAUCCCUAAAUUCCUUCAGUUCUUCAAGCACUGUAGUCCUAAGAUCAGAUCUCACGCUAUUGCUUGCGUGAACCAGUUCAUCAUUGGUCGAGCUCAAGCUCUGAUGGACAAUAUCGACACCUUUAUCGAGAGUCUGUUUGCGCUGGCUGCAGAUGAAGACUCUGAGGUGAGGAAGAACGUUUGUCGAGCGCUGGUCAUGCUGCUUGAGGUCCGAAUCGACCGCCUUAUUCCACACAUGCACAGCAUUGUUCAGUACAUGCUACAGCGCACACAGGACCCAGAUGAGAACGUAGCUCUGGAGGCUUGUGAGUUUUGGCUCACUCUGGCUGAGCAGCCCAUCUGUAAAGAAGUUCUGUCAGGACAUCUGGUUCAACUGAUCCCAAUCUUGGUUAAUGGCAUGAAGUACUCUGAAAUCGACAUCAUUUUGCUGAAGGGUGAUGUCGAGGAGGACGAGGCUGUUCCGGACAGUGAGCAAGACAUUAAACCGCGUUUCCACAAGUCUCGCACAGUCACGCUGCAGCACGAGGGAGGCGAAGGAGAGGAGGGGGAGGACAUUGACGAAGAUGAUGAUGACGAUGACGACACUCUGUCUGACUGGAAUCUACGUAAAUGCUCAGCUGCAGCUCUGGAUGUUUUGGCGAAUGUGUUUCGGGAUGAACUGCUGCCCCACCUGCUCCCUCUGCUCAAAGACCUGCUGUUUCACCCAGAUUGGGUGAUCAAGGAGUCCGGCAUCCUGGUCCUCGGGGCCAUUGCUGAGGGGUGUGUCCAGGGAAUGGUUCCCUACCUGCCAGAGUUGAUUCCUCACCUAAUUCAGUGUCUGUGUGAUAAGAAAGCUCUGGUUCGCUCCAUUGCUUGCUGGACGCUGAGCCGCUACGCUCACUGGGUGGUGAGCCAGCCGCCUGACGCCUACCUCAAACCCCUCAUGACGGAGCUGCUGAAACGCAUUCUUGAUGGCAAUAAGAGGGUGCAGGAGGCCGCCUGCAGCGCGUUUGCAACUCUGGAGGAGGAGGCUUGCACAGAACUUGUUCCCUAUCUUGGCUUUAUUUUGGAUACACUGGUCUUCGCUUUUGGGAAAUACCAGCACAAAAACCUGCUCAUUCUGUAUGAUGCCAUUGGGACACUGGCUGAUUCUGUGGGACAUCAUCUCAACCAGCCUGAAUAUAUUCAGAAACUGAUGCCCCCUCUGAUCCAGAAAUGGAAUGAGCUGAAAGAUGAGGACAAGGAUCUGUUCCCCUUGUUGGAGUGUCUCUCAUCAGUGGCCACAGCUCUACAGAGUGGCUUCCUGCCCUACUGUGAACCAGUGUAUCAGCGCUGUGUCACUCUGGUGCAGAAAACCCUCGCUCAGGCAAUGAUGUAUAACCAGCAUCCAGAGCAGUACGAGGCUCCUGAUAAAGACUUCAUGAUUGUGGCCUUGGAUCUCCUGAGUGGCUUGGCCGAGGGCCUGGGAGGACACGUUGAGAGACUCGUGGCUCGCAGCAACAUCAUGACCCUCCUCUUCCAGUGCAUGCAGGACACUAUGCCAGAGGUGAGGCAGAGCUCAUUUGCGCUGUUGGGAGACCUAACCAAGGCCUGCUUCCUUCAUGUCAAACCCUGCAUCUCUGAGUUCAUGCCUAUUUUGGGGUUAAACCUAAAUCCAGAGUUCAUUUCUGUGUGUAAUAACGCCACCUGGGCCAUCGGCGAGAUCUCCAUACAGAUGGGGUCAGGUGACAGGAAGCAGGGAGGUGAUUGUACAGGUGCAGAGAUGGAGCCAUAUGUGGGACUGGUGCUUAACAACCUGGUGGAGAUUAUAAAUAGACCCAAUACCCCCAAGACCCUGCUGGAGAACACGGCCAUCACAAUUGGUCGGCUGGGAUACGUUUGUCCUCAGGAGGUGGCACCCAUGCUGCCUCAGUUCAUACGACCAUGGUGUCAGUCGCUCCGAAACAUCAGGGACAAUGAGGAAAAAGAUUCGGCCUUCAGAGGCAUUUGUUUAAUGAUUGGGGUAAAUCCUGGAGGUGUGGUGCAGGACUUCAUUUUUUUCUGUGAUGCUGUGGCAUCCUGGGUGAACCCAAAAGAAGACCUCAGAGACAUGUUUUACAAGAUCUUGCAUGGGUUCAAGGACCAGGUGGGAGAAGAGAACUGGCAGCAGUUCUGCGAGCAGUUCCCUCCACAGCUGAAGGAGCGGCUGUCGGCCUGCUACGGCGUUUAGACGUCCCUCCUCACUGACACAGGACACGCCUGUUAGGUUGAAUCUCCGGGAGGGUCACUAGGGGAACUCAUCCAUGUGUGUGUAUUGCCCUGCUGCUGGAGGGGGGAGGCUGGCACGACGAUCAUCCCUGCACCCUGUGUCUGUG